AUGACUCAAAUUGGGGAUUCUCAGCGGAAAGAGCAAGUGAAGGAAUUUCAGCGAAAUGCACAUCGUUUACUAUCCGAUGAUGAUCGUCAUUAUUUACAUUAUACGCUUAAAGAAUACCAGACUUACAAGUCGGUUGAAAAGUUGGUGCUUGCACUCAAAUCAUGCUUGGAUAAUCCUCGCAAGAAGGACCUACUUGUGGAUAUUCGAAACCUCAUUCCACCCGCACAUUUGAGCAAGUUUGAUAGUUUAGCUCCGUACAGCGAAAUGGCGCAUCCCUUCGAACCACCUAAUCACGCAGCUCCGCAUCGGAAGACGGAGAGUUUGCCCCACAGUUACAAAAACAGCGAGUUGCGAGCUCUUGGAAGGAGUUCCUCGCCGAAUAAUAGCGGUUCUUUUAAAGUGAUAACCUUGACAAGAACUUCUCCCGAAGAUUCAUUGGGUUUCAAAAUAAGAGGGGGCCGGGAUUCUGACAGUGUACUGUAUAUCUUUGAGGUAGACGAUGAUUCCUCUGCUGCUAAACAGGGUCUCAAAAAAGGAGAUCAGUUGAUUGAGGUCAACGGAAUAGAUUUUGAGAAGAUAACCAAAAGUUCCGCAGAGAACCUUCUCGGUACGAUGAAUAAAAUGAAAUUGGUCGUCAAGUCGGUUGGUGUUGCAACAGGACUUGAUUUAUCUGAUUCCUGGUAAGUAUCCAACUAUCAAAACUAGAUUGAGAGAUGAGUCAUUUAUAUUAUCCCAGUCCUUAAGUUUUAUGUUUACCCCUCUUAAACCUCACUCAAAGACUUGCACUACGCUUUGCAGAAGUACAUAUGCGUUAAAACAAUUGUUACAACGGCAGAAAUAACAAGUUACACGCGUAUGACUUUUUUGUUUAUCCAUUCGUGACGUCCACUUAGAUUUCGCUAAUGCACGUUACUGCAGGUACAUUUUUUUGUGCCAAAAAAUACAUAGAUUUUUUCUAUUUUGCAAACUGCAAAUAUAGUCGUGGUUUGCGGUGCUUUUGAUAUUGCUAUGCAGCAUGAUUAUCGCCAAUUUUGCGACAAAUUUUAGGUACUUUUUUUACGUUUGAAUAUUGUAGCUGUUAUGUCAAACUUCGAAGCUGGAAUCAUCUACCUUUUUUCCAAUGAUUUGAUUCAUGGUCAUUCCAAUUAAUGGAAAUCGCAUUAAAAUUACAGUUGCAUUUUAGUAUCUGUUGGUGGUAUACCCCUUACUAAAGAAUACCUUGCCCAGACAGUAAUAUUUUCAGAGAUGGUCGUCUUCCAGUUGAAAUGAUUGCUUUUCGUGAAAGUCCAGCUAAAUACUCACGUUUUGACCUGACGCCGCAUUUUUGACCUUCAGAACAAACACAUGUAACACUGAAUAAUUUAACUUGCUUUAUUGGAAUUCUGUUAAGAUUUUAAUCUGCCACCAAAGUUAACAUAGAGAUUAGUUUAUUUCUAAUAAACAUUGCCGUCAUUGUCGCGGCACUGUUGAACAGUACGUCAGCAUGUUGCGUGCCAUUUUUGCACUUCACUGCUUUUUGGAUUAAACGUUUAGUAAAAUCAUCGAUGCUUUUCAAGUGCUUAGUGUAUCCGCUUUAGCCCACUGUAGCCAAUAUCAAUGUCUAUCACGUUGAUUUACCGUUACCGUGUGUAGGAAAGCUAACUCGAUGAAAGACCCGCUGAACAAUGUAGCAUAUUAUUGUUGGAUUUGCCCUUUACCGUUCCACUUGCAUGAAUUUUAAGGGUGACGGCUUAAAACGGCGGCGGAAACUAUUACAAUAAAUGAGAUUGAUGAAAUUUGUCGAGUGAUCACUUAGUAAGUAUUGACAUUGGGUAGUAUGAAUAUAAUUGUAUGUUUUGACUCCUCGAUCAUCAAGAACUUUUGUUCCGAAACAGCCAUUUGUGAGAGUCUGUAUCAUGCCUCAACAAGUUCCUAUUAUAGCUACUUAAAGUAAUAAAAUCAUUGGAAUGUCUCUGAAGCUUUCACCUGUAUCUUUAAAAUUAGAUAUUGCUAAUUAAUUUUGAGUUUAAAACUGGGAGAAACUUUCAAGAAAAGGAAAAUCUUUGUCUGCUGGGAGACCGAGUACAUAAAAUGUAAUUUUGAUUAAGUUGUUGAUGUAUUAACUGUUAAUCUGUAGGGUGACCAAUUAUUGUUAAAUUUAUGAAUAUCCAGUCAUAUCUCAAUAUAAUAUGAGAUCUAAAAUAUUUUAGUACAGGGUUAACUUUCUGAAAAACUGGAACAUCACCAAAUUUAUGAUAUAUCUAAAUUAGAUGAUGUUAACAAAACUUGUACAUCAACAAUGUGACUCAAUUUUUUAAAUCACACCAUACUUUACAAAACUUACUCAUUCAUAUCCCAAAAGGGCUGUGGGUGAUGAUUUUUGUUGUUGUUUUCUUUUGUGCUCCCACAAUAUGUUAAACUAUGUGGGAAGAAUUUAGAAUUACAAAAAGCAAAGCAUUUUAUCUUUUGAAUACUUUUGUGACAUUGAUUCAGGUUAUUUAUUGAAGUGGAAAGGUUAUUUAAAGAGGUUAAGAUAGAAGACUUUUUCCACUCUAAGAGAACAUUAAACUUUGAUGAUUAACACUUAAACUGAUUUGUUGUAUUUUGAUUUUUCAUUUAAGGGGUCACAGGAAUGGUAAAGUUAUUCACAAUGGAAUAGAUGAGAGUGAUAGUUUGCAGGUAAAUGUCUUUUAAAAACCUGUCAUAUUGUACAACCACUUGUUGCAGCAAUCAAAGAUACAUUUUUGUCCUUUGAAAGGUGCAGAGGUACUUCUCUUUUUCCUCCAUUGCAAUUAUAUAUUUAUGGUACCUCUGUGAUCAAAUUCUCCCCUGUUCAUGUGGUAGUCAUGGGGUUCAAAUUAAAUUAACCAGCCUUUUGUUUGAGUUGACAAUUAUCUCUUCUGAGAGAAAUUUUGGAGUAGUUUAAUUAAAAACUUAAUUUUUCAAGUCCAUAUUUAUAUUUAUUAUUGGAAGUAGAGUUAUCCUGUUUUGUAUUUGUACUUUGCAAAUUCUGAAUUCAUUUUGUGUCUGACACUUAAUAUUUCUUUGUUGUCUAAAAGGAGUUUGUCCUCUUUAAUUGCUAAAUAGAUAUAUUUGGCAUAAUUAUUUGGCAGCUUUUGCAAGCUAGAAAAUUUUAAAGUAUCAGUGGUCUUUGUUUCUUUCCUUGUAAUGUUCUACUACUUGCUCAGAUCCAUGUGAGAGAAAAAAUUACAGGGUACUUCCCAGCACAAAUGUCAUCCAUCUUGAUCUUUACACCUCAAGGGGUGACCAAAAAAGAAUUUCUCCUCACUGCAUAAAUCCAUUUCCAAGCAGCAAGGUGAUGAGAACACAGAAAAAUAUCAGUUAUGGGAUAUUAAUUGAUGCAACACUAAAAUUUGAGAGCAGAAAUUAGAAGACAUGUAUGGCAAACAGUGUCGAGAAUUGGUAUUUAGAUCCUGAGAGUAUAAGGGUUACUUUCCAAUUUAAAAUGUUAACCUCCCAAACAAUUUGCAAGUAGUUGUCUGAUUUAAUGAUUAUCUAGCCAAAUUAAAUGUUUUUUUUUUUUAUCACAAUAUUGAUAUUGUAAGGAGAAAUUCUGUCAUGGUCAGGUAUGGAUUAGUGAAGGGUUAACCUUAUAUUUUGUGAUCAGGCCAGCAGUGGAAGUGGCAGUAGUAGCAUAGCUCUUCAACAUAAUUCCCAUUUGCUGGACAAAGCUGAUGAGAGGAAAGUUAACCUUCAAGUUGAGUCAACAACCAAUGGUUUCAUAGGAUUUAACAUUCGUGGUGGAAGUGAAUAUGGCUUGGGUCUUUUCGUAUCCGGGUAAGAACAAUAUACAUGAAUUUUUUUUUUAACAGAAAUUUUCUUAGUUUGUUGGACUAGCAUUUUCUGUUCAGCCAAAGUUUUGUAAUUUCUGGUCCAAAAUUGAGUCAUGUAGUAAAAAUUUGGUAUAGGUUUUAAGGCAACAUUCUGAAUUUGUCUUUGUACAUUCUAAAAAUGUUUCAUUGUUUCAUCUGUGAUUUUCUUUGGAUUUUGCCUCUUGGCCAGGCUGAUUGAGGAACAAAAUUGCUCUGAUUGUUAUGUAAUCCCAUGUCUUAUGGCUUUCAGUAAAAUUUAGACACAAUCUUUCAAGCACUUAUCCUUGGAGUGAUAAUGAUAAAGUUUUGUAUCAAAGUUUUUUUCUGGUUAGUGAGUACCCAAACAUUCAAGUGAAGUGGAUUUUUUAGCCUUUUGACUGAAUUUGUGACAAAAUGAUUGAGUUGCAUUUUGUUCUGAUUGGCUACAAAAGUACUAUGAAUUAAAUUUGGUUUUUCUUUAACAACACACAGUCAAACAGCGUUCCAUUUCUCUAUCAGACUUCUUUUUCCUUUUAAUCCUGUCACCUUUUUUUGUGAGGUUUAGAAAUCUUGAGAUGCCAUGCUUAGAACAAACUGUGACCUAAUAACCCUUUAACUCCCAAGAUUUGAUUGUUAAUUCUCUCCUCUAGCUGCUACAUGUUCCCUUGUAAAAUAUUUGUGAGAAUUUGGUGUUAAAUCAAGAUAACAACUUAUGCCUGAUAAGUUUGAGUAUUCUCAUCACCUGUUUGCUGGAUGAUGUAUGGAUGUCAUAGCAAGAAGUUACAUGCUAAUCACUUCUAGCAUUUCAAAGGUUAAUAGAUCAUUUAUACUUUGUUUAGCAUUGAUCGUGGUUCACUGGCAGAGCAAGCUGGCUUCAAAGUUGGUGAUCAGAUCAUGGAAGUGAAUGGAAAGAACUUUGAAAACCUCAAGCACAAAGAGGCAGUUGAUUUUAUUAAAUCACAAAAACACAUAAUGGUUACACUAAAGGUAAUAUUUACUUCCAUUUCCUUAACUUUUAAGCUGUCAGUCCACUUAUACAAUAGAGAUUCUCUGAUCAUGGUUGUAAUUAAGGCUUUUCAUUGAAUGAUAGGAUUUUAUAUGUUCAUAUACUUCAUCAUCCACAUUAGCUCUACGCCUUUUUACCUGAUUUGUUAUCAAUAACUUUUGCAGCAUACCUGGCAUAAUUUGAGAGUGAAGUGGUUAACCUUUUAAACCCUAAGAGUGACCAGAAUCUAGUUUCUCCUUACAAUAACACUACUGAAUCAUUCAUUUAAGAUCAUGAGAGCAAAGGAAAUGAUCACCAACUAAAGAAGCUCUUGAUUGUUAAACAAAUUCUCCUCAUCAGCUUCUUAGGAAAUGUAUAUAUAUCAAUAUGGAGAAUAUCAAUACUGAUGUUAGGGUGUAAAGGGUUAAAAGUUUUUAUUUGUUGUGUAUCACAUGGAUUAAUGUUAGUAUCUGAGAAACUGUGCACCUACCCCUCCCUUAAUCCAACAACAGUCAAUUGAUAACAAGUUAGGGUUACUGUUGGGGUUAGUAGGGGAGGGGUAGGUGUGUAGUAGCUCAGAUACUGUCAUCGAUCCAUUCAUAUAAACUUAACAGUAGUUUUUCACUUGUUUACUGGACUCUCCCUCUGCUAAUACAAUUUUUAGUAUGACAAGACCAUCACAACAGAUGACCAUAACCUGAUUUUACAAUAAACUUUCCCAUAUUUUGCAUCAUUUUUCAGGCAGUGGGAAGACUUCCAGAGGCAAAGCAUUACCACUCACAAAUCAGCUGGGUUUAUCCUGAUGGAAGUGUUGUGGUUGGUAAGUAAUCUUCUGCAACAAACCAGAACGUGAAAAAUUUGACUGAACUGGUUUUGACUAUUUGCUUUAUAAAUGACUCUCACCCCUGGCAGAAAAUGUUUUAGCAUAAUUUACAGCCUUCGCUGACCAAAUUUUAACAGAUGUAUUUAGUGAAAUUGGUAUGAACCACUACAUACAAGAGGAAAAUUUCAUGUGAAGAAUCUCAUUUGGAAGUCUUUAGGAUACCUACAGAAAUCUUUUGGUGUCUAGAAAUAUGAUUACCAGUAGGUCUUCUACAAAAAUCUUGGCACACUUGAGAAAAUAAAAUCAUCACUAAGAAAGGCAGGUGUUUGCAAAUAGAGUUCCAAGAUUCCAGUAUUUUUUUGUAUAGAACUUGUAUUAAUAACCUCUUGCUUUCAAUUAUAAAUCAUUAUAUUCACUCAUUGUUUUUUUUCCCCUCAAUUUCAAUUUUUAAUUUUUUUAGAAGGAAAAGAAACUUUUACCAGAUCUAUCUCAGCUCCAGCCUCUCCAGUCUCCUCUCUAGAGCUAAGUCAUUCUAGUGCCCAGUUUCCUGAAUUAGGAGAAAUGCCAACAAGGGACACACCCAGUCCCAGACCACAGAUGCGCGAAGCUAGUGUCCAGACUCCUCAACCUUCUCCGGAACCUCCUCCAGAACCUGUGCCAGAAACAAGAGAGGAAGUUGUAGUUGUUCAUGUGAAACAGGAUUUUGCAGAUUUACAAAGAACACAGAGCUCUAAAAGUCUGGCAACAUCAUCAAUUAAUAGUGGUGAUGACAGUGAAAAGCAGAACUCAAUUCGAUCAGCGCAUUCUUUUGAGAGCGUCAGCAGCAGUAGAGAGGAAAUGGCUAAGAGGUAUUCAGUUUCUAGCAUGAGCAAGGAGGAAGCCAUUUUGAGUGGCAGUGAUGGUGAACUGAAUGACAAAAGGAAAGUGAAGAAAUCCAAGUCUUUUCUUCAGAAACAUGGGGACAAAAUCAAAUCAAAGUUGAGCUUCAGGAAGAAAGGAAAACCAAAAGUUGAACAAAGAGGUAAGGCAGAAAAUUAGUGACCAGUGUUAAUUUUCUUUUCCAUCUUCUCAGUGCAAUAGAACUAAUAAGAAAAAAGGGCUGGAUCUUACUUGUAAGUGUGGUUUCCCUUAACAUGUGACCAAGGAGUUCAUUUGUUGUGCUCUUGACCAAACAUAAAGCCAAAGGAGGAAGUUUCUAAGCUGCGUCCAGGAGUAUUCAGAAUUUUCCGUAGGCAUUGUUAAAUCUACAAACAACUGUUCACACUAAGGUGUCAUGGGGUGCUACGUACAGUUUGUUGCAUCUCAUCUUGUGUUUGUUAACUUUCACAAUGUGUUUGUGGAGAUCGUUUCUUCUCUUAACUAUUUCCUCUUUCUUUUUGUUAUUGUUGUUAUUGUUGUUGGGCAGCACAUCGAGGUAAAGAGAAAGUAAGACAUGACACUUUGUUUCUAAUUUGAAAUAAAAGAGUAAGUUGAAAGUUAUAUCUCAUAACUAAUUUUUGUGUGUAACAUAAUUUUGCUCUUAAUAGAAAACUUAUUGUCACCAGUAGUACAUUCAAAUGAGUCAUUCUUUUAAAUUAAGCUAACAUACGAUUAAGAUCAGCUUAAUGUAAAUAAGUUAACCUGUUGCAGCUAUAACAAUUGUGUCACACUCAUCAAAAGAACAAAAUUAUUAGUCAAUAUGAGCUGAUACGCUCUGCAGUUAAAAAUUUUAUUUUCAAAUGACAUGUUGUAAUAUCCUAAAUAGACUGAAUUACAGUAACUUAACCCUUACCAAUGAAUGUGUGUUUUAAAAUAAAUGCAAGAGAAGUCUAUAAUAAUACUUAAAUGUUAUGUUGAAAGUAAUUAUUUGAUAAUGCAUGAGUGAAUAAGUAUGCUUCAUUAAGAAAAACAGAUAUUUCAAAAGAGGAAUUAAAUUAAGAAUCGAAACAGGAAAUACACCCAUUAACAUGUAAAAUUUAGCUUCAAGGCAAAAAGGUUUUUGUUUGUGAGUUUGAAAUCAUUUUUGCAAUUUCUGUUAAUCUUUUGCAUACUCAGCAACUAUUGUUUGAUGUUUUAAUACCUUUGCUAAAUAAAAUAAUAUUGAAAGAGCUUCUUCUAAUUAGCAACAAUGUUUAACGAACAAAUAACAGCUGAUCUCUCUCCAAUAAUCCUCUGUCUAGAUACUGCAAAAAGUAACAGUUGCAGACACAAACUUGUUAACAACUCUAACUUGAUGACCUAGGAUUUUUCUUUUUAAUGUCUUGCUUGUGUCUGCUUUUGUUUUAUGUUUCUUGUUGCUUCUUCAUGUUUAGUUUGUUGUGAGAUGCAACUCCCUGUGCAUGCAACCCCCAUUUUUGAGAAGGGUUUUGGUACUCAAUUAAUGUUAGGUGGCUCCACAAGACAACAGAUGUUACUGUACAUUGAGGAGAAGGCCAAAAAGAUUCUGGUAGUGGACGAAUACAAUGCUGUUAUCAGGCACAUCAAACAGGUAUGUUGUCCGCGCUAUAUCUGUUGGCUUUAUUCUUACUGUUUCAAGAAUGACCAUCCUUAAACUUCUCCUCAUAAAAUGAGAAGAGAAUCUUAAAUUAAAGAGAUGAAAAUGAAGGAUUUAGUCACUUAUUCACAUAAAAGAGAUUUCCCUGAUCAUAGACAAAUUAUCGUAACUGACGUCACAGAAAAAAACAUUUGGAAACCAAUGAGGAAAAUAUAUUUGUCGAACAUAGGGUUUAAGAUAUCACAGAAAUUCACCACUUUGGCAAAGUGAGACUUUCGAGAUUUUUCAUUCCAACAAUAAAUUUAUCCUUACUUCGCAAUAGAUUGUUCUGAAUUAAGGAAAUCUGCAAAGUUUCAUGAGAAUCUAAAGCAAAAUACCGAAAAUCUUGUACUCCACCUUACCAAUAUUCACAAAAAAAUAUCAAUUUUGCGUACAAAUGUGGAUGAAGGGUGAAGGAGGAGGUUUUCAUUCCUUUUUCUAUUCUUGCAAACUUCGGGUUUGUAACUUUUUACGAGAAUUGCUGGAUGUACUGCUUUUGUUUUUGAAUCAUUUUUAUCCUUUUGAUUUAUGAGUAAUUGUUAUAAAACCUUUAUAUUUUGCCGUUGUAGUACCAAGAAGAUUCAGAUGUAGAAUCUCUUGUUAAUAAACUGCUAGCAAUACUGGACAAGCCAGAAAAGGCUCUUUUGUUGAGAGAUAUCAGGUAAGGAAUCUUCGCCGUCAUUGCAACUAUCUUCGCUACCAAUACAGGAAGCGACAAUUCACUGUAACAAUUCGCAUCAUUUGACAGAAAGGGGGGGGAAGGAUGGGAGAAUCUUAAUGAAAAUCUUUUUCCCCGUUUAAAGUGACCCAGCAAUAAACCGAAUUGAACUCGUAAGUGAAGUAUAAUAACUGGUCAUUCUCUUUUCACACGAAACGGGAGCGGACGAUUUUUGAGGGGAACACAGGGGGAUUAGUCGUUGCUAACAGAGUCUAGAGGGGGGAAACUAUUGAAAAUUGACUGCCAAUGAACAGCCGAUGGAAGGAGAACGUAAGAAUAAGAACUGGGAGAUCUUUCAAACUAAUUAGCCAUCAUUUUGGCAUGAUAAAAGAAUGUAAGAGAGCGUGGGUGCACCCUUAUGCAGGUGAUUUGCGGGCUUUCACUCCCCGUGUACAGUGGUUAGAAAAAUCUUUAUCAGAGUGGAUAGAUUUAAUAAAUGAAAAUUCCCCAAGGAAUGAUUCCUCUUUGUGAAAAGAUUACAUGGAAAAUGUGUUUUAUAUAAUUUGUUAAAUUCAUCGACAGGACGUUAGUUUUACCCUACGACCUUGGAAGGUUCGAUGCUAUGGUGUCAGCGCAUGAAAAGGAAGCGUUGGAGUACCUCAGUGGAUUCGUGCCCGGUAGGAGCAAAUAGUCUCAAGAUUACUUCCAGCAUAUGAAAGUGCUAGUGGUUUUGAAUUCUUUGUUUGAUGCGAUGUUCAUAUUUGUCUCUCUUUUCAAAGGUUCGCCAACCAUAAUACCUACCGUUGCUGAGAAACCGAAACGUCAACUUGUGGCUGCAAUUCAAGGUAGUGUCUUAGAUAAACGGUUAGGCAGGGGGUGGGUCCUUUUCAUUAGCGCUGCAGGAAGCUGCAAGCGCGUUUCUUCGCCUGCCGGAAGAUUGGAGACGAGUCGGGGAUAGUUUUACCGCCACUUUUCCACAGGCGAAGAAAGGCUCGAGCCGAAGCGCCACUAAUGUGGGCUUGCAUUGCUCCCAGGCUAAUGAGCGUUGAGCUUAAAAUUGGCCUAGUUUUUUGUGUUUGUUUUGUGCGAACACAUAUUGGCAGUUCGAGGUUAGGAAAAUAUCUACCAGGAACUUGUUUUAGCGAUAUUCUGUUCAAGCAUUAGGCGACACGCAUUCUGCGUGAUCUCGGAUCAGCGAAUUGGAGAAUUUAUUUUGUUUGAAAAAUCCCUCCUUUAGUUGAGUACAUUUUUAGUAAGGCGUUUCAAGUUGGUUUGUUCGGUAAGUCAUUCAGUAUGUCUUCAGAAUUUUGAUUCCAUAUCGUCCCGUUUAUGAACAGACUACAUGAUAUGACGUUUAUCCGAAGGCUCAGCAAACUUGUUACACAGAUUUUAGCUUGAAAGAAACUUUGCAAACUUAAAUAAAGUUUCAAAACUCAGGAUUGUCGUUCUAUUUUUUACACCUAUACUUUGCCUCCAUUUUUCAAAGUGAGCGAUCCUUUGGGGGAAGAAAUAAAGAAUAUUCUUUCAAGAUCAUUAACGUAUAAUUUCAGAUUAAGUAGGGAUGCAGAGAGGAAACAUUUUAGUUAUUUAAAACCGCAGCUGUUGGGUGCCGUAAAUUGUCUAAAGGCAACAUAGCCGUAAAUAAGUAAUGACCAAGAUAGUAUCUCACAUUUAAGUGGAUGGAAUAUUUUGCUUUGUGUUCCAAUAGAUAAUUAUUUUGUUUUUCGGUAACGAGAAGUGCCUGCUGUGAAUUGUUUUAAGGCAGAACAUCCCACGCUCUUCAUUUAUCAUUUUUUAACCACAAUGUGUGUAAAAGGGGUUAAGUAUUCUAACGAAAGCGCUUCGCGGGGAAAAGAGUUCUUUCUACGUUUACUGGGUUACAGUUUUAAUUGACUAUUUUUGUUACUUCACAUUCACAGACAGCAGAGGGAGUUUUCAAUUAAGAACGAAAGAAGAAGUGGAGAAAAUCAAACAGGAAAAGGAAGAGAUGGCAAAAAAGCGAGAACAAACGGCCUGGCUGGGAGGCAGCAUUCUCGAUCGACAUACGAGAGUCCCAAACAAUCCAAACGCUCUCAUACGUCUACCGGAAAACUAUAGAAUGGAUUCCGUUGCUGAGAAAGAUUUGACCACAAGUAGCAAUGCUCCAACUUCAUUUGAUGUUCCAGUGAUACAGGUGAACAACGGCGAGGCGUCCAGAGGAACGAAACACGAUGAAAACGACAAUGAACGACUCGUGGCGUCGAACUCGCUCCUUGUUCCCGACAGAGUAUCGAUCGAGUACAAGGAUGACGAGGAAGCAGUUCCUGCGGCGUCCACUUCAUCAGGGUCUCCUUUUUCAAUGGCUGUUCCGGUUAUUUCCGUUUCCAAUGACAACAAAGCAGUUACGAUACUACUCUCGAAAAAGAGAACAAGUUUAGGUAAGGGACUUUUUAUCCUCCGAAAUUUAGGAAAAACCAGUGUGUUCAUAUUCGAACUAAUCCACGGAACGUGAAAUCCUAUGCGGCUUUUUUUCUUUGUUAGCAAUGAUAGCAUUGGGAUCGCUUUCAUUUGGGUUUAUUUAUUCAUUUAUUUGUCUAGGUAUAAGUAUUUCUGGAGGAAAAGGCUCCAAGACGCAACCCGAAGUCAGGGUAGAGAAAAUUUUUCCUGGUGGCGCUGCAGCUGAUGAUGGAAGACUCAGGGUAAGGAGAUACAGACACAUUUGCAAUAGAUUUAACCUGAAGUUUGGCCUUCAUCACUAGCCCUUCGGCACGAGCGUUUUUUUUUUCCCCGCCCGUGGGUUAAAAUAUGAGGCCGUGAACAGAAAAAAGCAAACAAUCAAACACAUCCCCUCCGGCCAACUUCUCCCCGACUCGUCUUCCCGCGGGCGCUGUUAAUGAGGGCUUGCGCGAAAGGCUACAAUGGAUUAUUUUCUUUAGCAAGUGAAUUUUUCAUAAAGAAAUGUUCGCCAUGCGCAGUUGCAUCCGGCUUGUGAAAAGGUUGGUAUAUGAAAAAUUAAAACGGGCUUUGUGCUAAUGCAUCAUGUGUUGUAUUUUCUUGCGUAUUAGAGUGGUGAUGAAAUUCUGUCAGUGGACGGCGAGAGCCUUCAAGAUGCCACACACGCUGAGGCUGUGGAUAUCAUCAGAAAAUCGUACAACAACAAGAGCAAGGAUGUCAUGGAGAUUGUAGUGAUACCCAAACAGUAGCAGAGUUUUGUGAAGUAUUAUUUUAUUGGUAUGGGGUUAACUGUACGUUGGACAAGCACAAAAUCACAUGCUUUCACACGCGUAGUAAAAACAGUUUUACACAAUUUAGUCUACUGUAAGAAAAAAGUAUGCUUUCUCUAUUUGACAAUCCCUUCGGAAAUUCUAUCCGUUUAGCUAACAUUCACUUCUCGUGUUAAAAAUUUUCCCGAUCAGUUUCCAGCGACUCAUUGGAAGGCAGUGGUAAUUUCUACAACGUUUAUGUUUCAGUGGAGUUAGACUGAUUUUAUAACACCAAUUUUCUGCUUAGAGUAACCAGUAAUAAUAAUUUUUAUGAAACAUCAACUGAUUUUAGAUCAAAGUUUUCAAGAAGUUUUCUAAGGUUUGCUCAAUAAUUAUGUCAUGCAGCACAACGCUUUUAGCCAGAACUGUAAAUACAUCAAAAUGGUUUUAGUCACAUCACAUUUACCAAUCGCCCCCUUGCGUUCCCAGCCGUCUGUUUCUUGCCACUAAGAAUCCUUUUUAUCCAACGUUCCUUAAUACACCGCUGGCCAUUGAAUCGCCUGCAUCUCUUAGUUUUUAGAAUCGAUGCAUCUCACCAUUACUUUUGUCUGUUUGGUUAUAUAACUGGGCGCAGGACGUCUUUUUAAAACCGAAAAAGAGCGCUAAAUUCAUACUGCCACACGUCUUACGUAUUGAAUGAAUGAGUUUGCCAUCGGACAUGUAGUCCGUUUAAUUAAGCUGGGCAGCCAUAUUAGGCUUUUUUAAAUUGCUGCAUAUGUUUAGUCAGAAAGGAGUGAUUUCUCUUGUUUAGGCAACUUAAGUAAAUUACUUCAAUGUUGUUACCAGUCCCUCUCCUUUUAACUCCUUAUGCGAAUGCGAUAGAAACCUUGGGGUGCAGUUGGAAGAGAGAGCUUGGGAAUAAGUUUAUAAUCAGUUAAGAGAGAAUUUUACAAAGUUUCUUUUGAAAUUUUUUUCACUUCUUAGUGUUAAAAAAGGAGUGAUUAAGUUUAAACUGGAAAAGUUUUGUUUGAAAAUGAGUAUUUUACUCGAGAGUUGCCUUCUUUCCAGCUGUGUUGCUUCUUAACGAGAAAUAUGUACUAUUUCAGGCAGUUUUCUGCUGGGUGCGUGUCGUAUGUAUUGUUAUAGAUGGACCUGAAGUUCCUAAGAAAGGGUGGUCCUCCGAAUUAUUUUAAUAUCUGUUUUAAGAAAAUGUUUGUAAUAGUGUUA